AUGAUGAAGCAUGAAACCGUUGUUCUGAUAGUAGGAGCAGGACCUGCGGGACUUGCAACAUCUGCAUGUCUCAAUCUUCUCUCUAUUCCAAAUGUCAUUUUGGAAAGGGAUGAUUGUUAUGCAUCUUUAUGGCAAAAGAAGGCUUACGAUUGUUUGAAGCUUCACUUAGCUAAAAACUUUUGUGAACUCCCUCACAUGCCAUUUCCAGUUUCAGCACCCACAUUUGUACCCAAAUAUACGUUUGUUCAAUACUUACAUAAGUAUGUUACUGAAUUCAAUGUGGAUCCAUUGUACAAUCGUAAUGUCGAGAGUGCAUGGUAUGACAGGGUUACAAAGAGAUGGGUUGUUAAAGCCAAAAAUGGGGUUUCAGGUCUUGUGGAAGAGUAUGUCGGAGAGUUUCUUGUGGUGGCAACAGGUGAAAACAGUGAAGGAUAUAUCCCUAGUGUUAAUGGUUUAGAUAGCUUCACAGGGUCAAUCAUACACUCUAGUGAAUAUGAAAAUGGAAAGAAAUUUGGAUACAAAAAUGUGCUUGUUGUUGGUGCUGGAAAUUCUGGCAUGGAAAUCGCUUAUGAUUUGUUCAACUGGGGUGCCCAAACGUCGAUUGUUGUUCGUAGCCCUGUACAUGUCCUUACAAAGGAGCUAGUGCAACUCGGGAUGUAUUUACUGAAAUAUCUUUCGUGUAGUUUUGUGGAUAAAAUUGUUUUAAUGUUUAGUAAGUUGUUGUAUGGAGAUCUUUGUAAACAUGGAAUACAUAGGCCAACAAAAGGGCCAUUUUAUCUUAAACGUGAAACUGGAAGAUCACCCGUUAUUGAUGUUGGAACAGUUGCAAGGAUCAAAACGAGAGACAUUGAGGUGAUGAAGUCAAUUGAAGAGAUAAAAGGUGAUCAAAUCAAGUUUUCAAAUGGUCAAGAGAAACGAUUUGAUGCCAUAGUCUUUGCUACUGGUUUUACAAGCAAUGUGAGGAAAUGGCUUAAGCAUGAUGGAGGGUUGUUUAAUGAAAAAGGAAUGCCACAUCUUAAGAGCCCGAAUCGUUGGAAAGGGGAACAUGGUCUUUACUGUGUAGGAUUUGCAAGUGCUGGAUUGUUCGGUAUUUCAAAUGAUGCAAAGAAUAUUGCUAAUGAUAUCUCCCAAAUUGCUAAAAAGAAGGGAGACGGAACACCUGACCAAUACCUACUAGCCAAAUUGAAACAUGUGAAGAAAGGAUUAAAGAAAUGGAGAGUUGUUGAUCAUCCCAAAGAGGAACUGGAACUACGUAAACACAAGGAGGUGAUGGACAAAUUAGACCUUGUGACUGAGAUACGAUCACUAACUACUGCAGAAAGAGAAAAAAGGCGAGAUAGUUUCAAGAGGGUAUCCGAGCUGGAGAAAUACAAGGUACUGGAUAUUAAACAAAAAUCCAGGAUCAAGUGGGCGGUGGAUGGUGAUGAAAACAUGCGGUUCUUCCAUGGAUAUGUUAAUAAUAAUAAUCGAAAAAAUCGGAUUGAGGGACUUAUGAUCAAUGGUAGCUGGUGCACUGAUCCGGGGGUGAUAAAAGCAGAAUCAUUCAGUUUUUUUGCUGAGAAAUUUAAGGAGAAAUGGCCUUCUAGACCCAAGCUGGUGAGCCGUCACUUUAAAAGCAUUCUACCGACAGAAAACAUAAUGCUCGAAACCCCUUUUACCCUGGAGGAAAUCAAAGAAGCAGUAUGGGCGUGCCGAAAUGAGAAGGCCCCGAGACCCGAUGGCAACUCAUCAUUUAUCUCCCUAAUUCCUAAAGUUAAAGACCCCAUUGUGCUAAGUGACUUUCGCCCCAUCAGCCUAAUUGGCUCGAUAUACAAGAUCAUUGCGAAAAUUCUUGCACAUCGAAUCAAGAAGGUGUUGGGGUCCUGCAUUGACGAGGUACAAUCUGCAUAUGUGUCGGGAAGGAAUAUACUAGAUGGUCCUCUAGUGGUUAAUGAAAUUUGUUCGUGGGCAAAAACUCUAAAGGUGAGUCCAUCAACCACUUGGGCAGCUGCAAUCACAGGUCUGCAUGCUCUUAAUUCGAAUCUGGAGGGUUACUAUGCUAAUAAUAAACUACCUGGAGUUUGGAAGAAUAUAGCAGGGGUAAGAAAGGAAUUGAUGAAAAAAGAAAUUGCAAUUGAACGGAUAUUGAAGAAACAACCAUACGGACAUGAAAACUUUUGGACCUACAGUCUCACUUCUGAUGGGAGUUUUACUAUCAAAGCUCUUCGGAAAGUCUAG